AUGCCUCUGCCUCCGAAAUGGUACCAGUUCCUCGUCGGCGUGUUCGCCUCGCUUGGGUCGUACCUGUUUGGCUACGAUCUAGGUGUGAUCGCCGAAGUCGUCGCCAGCAACACCUUCAUCGAGAAGUUCUCACCCACCGACACAGAGUCAGGCCUGGUCGUCAGCAUGUUCACCACAGGAGCAUUUUUCGGGGCGCUCCUAGCUGGUCCUUGCGGUGAUUAUUUGGGCCGUCGAUGGACCAUUACCGUAGGAGCCCUGAUCUUCUGCCUGGGCGGUGGCCUGCAGACCGGUGCAGAGAACAUCAGCUACCUCUGGUCAGGCCGUUUCCUUGCCGGACUCGGUGUCGGCUUCCUCGUCAUGAUUGUGCCGCUCUACCAGGCCGAACUGGCUCACCCGAGCAUUCGAGGCCGAAUCACAGCCUUGCAGCAGUUCAUGUUGGGUGUGGGUGCCCUCGUGGCCUCGUGGAUCUCUUGGGCGACAUACGUCCAUAUCAAAGACAACAGCGCGCAAUGGCGAGUACCCCUGGGCCUUCAGAUCGUGCCGGCCGUCUUUCUCGGCUUGUUGAUCUUCUUGUUUCCCGAGUCUCCAAGAUGGCUCAUGGACCACGGCAAGCCGGACGAAGCUCUCAAAACCCUCGCGAAGCUGCACGCCCACGGCAACGAGCAGGACCCCUGGGUCAUGGCGGAAUUCGAGCAAGUGCAAGCAUCGAUUGCGUACGAGCAUGAACAUGAAGCCAAAUCCUACCUCGAGCUCUUCCGGUCGAAAUCUGCGUUCCGUCGCCUCUUCCUCUGCUGCGCCCUCCAGGCCAGCAUCCAGAUGACGGGCGUGUCGGCCAUCCAGUACUACUCGGUCACCAUCUACGGGCAGAUCGGCAUCUCGGGCCAAGACACGCUCAAAUACCAGGGCAUCAACAGCAUCAUCGCGCUAGUCGCCCAGUUCUGCACCAUCCUCUUCAUUGAUCGCACCGGCCGCCGCUGGCCCCUGAUCUACGGCAACCUAGGGAACAUGGUGACCUUCAUCAUCGCCACCAUCCUGCUGGCCAAGUUUCCGCCGGGUGUGUCGACGAAUACGGGCGCUCAAUGGGGCUUCAUCGUCAUGACGUGGCUUUACAACUUCAGCUUCAGCUGCACCUGCGGACCGCUCAGUUGGAUCAUCCCGGCCGAAGUGUUUGACACUACCACUAGGAGUAAAGGCGUUUCGAUCGCGACCAUGACGAGCUUUGCCUUCAACACCAUGAUUGGACAAGUCACGCCCAUUGCAAUGAGUAAUAUUGGAUACAAGUUCUACUUCGUGUUCAUCAUCUGCAACUUCACCAACGCCAUCUUCUUCUGGCUACUCCUGCCCGAGACGGCGCGUCGACCUCUCGAGGAGAUGAAUUACCUUUUCAAUUCCGCUCCGUGGAUUGUCGUGGGCACAACCAAGGACAGCUACGCCAGUCAUGACUUGGAGAACAGGGUGAAUGAGAUUGCCCACGAGGUGGAGCUGAAGAGAUCCGGGAGCGUGUUGCACGAGGAGAAAGCUGCGUGA